GGCGUUAACGACGAAGGAGGGUCGACUCUGAGAUUCACCUCUGGGUCCACGUAAGACUAACACCGUGUCCGAAAGUAUGGAGGACACUUCUAACACCGAUGUUGAAGUCUCAUUACAGGAUAAUUGGCUGCUUGACCAGGAAACAUCUUUGUGCAAUGCUUUGACUCCAUUUUAUAUUAAAAUGUAAUUUAACUGGAUGCAUUUGGCAGGACAUGUGCAUUGAAAUAUGGAAGUCAGAGAUGACCUGGAGGUCAAAUGUCCAGCACAGAGCAUUGUGUGCUGAGCUGAGGGGCCCAGAUGUACUUUGCAUCCUCCCUUGUACCAGCUAUGACAAGGUUAGUUGGAAUUCCCAGCACUAUGGACUCUCCCAAUCCUGCCAAUCGCAGAGGCAAUCAACAGUCACCCACAGAAAAUGUCAACCGUAGUGAAGAUGAGCGCAGCCGACAACUGGAGCGGUUGAGUCGAGAGGAAGCAUACUAUCAGUUUAUCAAUGAUCUGAGUGAAGAGGACUAUCGACUAAUGAGAGACAGCAAUCUUCUUGGCACUCCAGGUGAAAUUACAGCUGAAGAAUUGCAACAGCGGCUCAAUGGUGCUAAGGAACAGUUAACUACACAGAGCAGUGUUGGAAGUAAUGAACAUGAACAAAGUACUGAGAAUCAAGGCUCUGACUUAUCAGGGGAAAGCUCCAAUAGUGAUUCCCUCCUUGAGUGGCUUAACACAUUUAGACGUACAGGAAAUGCCACCCGCAGUGGACAGAGUGGGAACCAGACUUGGAGAGCUGUGAGUCGGACCAACCCCAAUAGUGGCGAGUUCCGCUUCAGCCUAGAAAUCAAUAUUAAUCAUGAACAUGAAGCUGUCAGUGGCCAGUCAUUGGAUACAGCUACACCAGAAGGUAACACUAAUAGGAACCUGGAAAAUACUCAGCAACAAAGUUUGGCUCCUGUUGCUAGUCGUACCAGAAGUCGAACUCGGGCCCACGUCCAACCGACUGCUGAACGGGCAAGUUCUGAAAAUAAUCUGGGAGCUGCAGUCAGGGUUGACGAAGUAGAAAGUAUGGAAGUUGGUCCACCCGUGGCCCAAAGAAGCAUCAGAAGUGGAACUAUUGAAAUAACAACUGGUAGGCAAAGGUCAAGAAGACAAAGUGCGAAUCAGCAAGCAGCUUUAAGUGUAGUUGGUGAACGGCGCAUCAGUAGACGAAGAGCAGGAUGGCAGAGUGUUAGAACAAUACAUGAAGAGGAGCAACACAGUCGGAUUGAACUUGCAGGAUUAGAGAGGCACAGCAUCCGAAGCUCUGUGAAUGAGAAUGACCUACAUGGGCAAAUGGAGCAACGCAGAUCUUACAGGAAUUCACAGAACAGACGUAGUCGAUCCCCCUUGCGUAGAGAAAGCGUCACAGUAAAUUCUUCAGAUCGGACCCCAUCUCGGCGAGAGGACUAUGUUGAGCGGAGACAGAGUGCAAGAAGGCAACGGACUGUAGAUCAAUCCACCAUGACCACAGAGGAAAUGCAGACUGUUAGUGGGAGUACUGCUGUACCAUCAACAGUUGGUGGCGUGCUUAGACAGGAGGCUGUGGAUGAAAGAGAGAGAAAUCAUUCCAAUGGGUCAUCUUCAGGUGUUCGAAGGCAUCCAACGAUUAUGUUGGAUCUUCAGGUUAGAAGGAUACGUCCUGGAGAAAAUCGAGAUCGUGACAGUAUUGCUAAUAGAACUCGAUCCCGUGUCCGAAUGGCAGAAAAUACAGUGACUUUUGAAAGUGAUAGUGGUGGUUUCCGCCGUACUAUCUCACGAUCAGAACUUGCAGGUAUUAGGACUUACGUUAGCACCAUCCGUAUACCUCUGCGCAGGAUAUCUGAGACUGGGCUUGGUGAACCAUCAUCUAUAGCCUUGAGGUCAAUACUUCGUCAGAUUAUGACAGGAUUUGGUGAGCUGAGCUCCCUAAUGGAGAAUGAUUCAGAUUCUGAACUUAACCAAAGAGUUCAGCAGAACCCAUCUGAUAGCUUUGAUUCAGUUAGCUCACAGACCAGUCCAAACCUAAAUCUCUCUAAUUCAAGAAAUGAGUCAACUGACAGAUUAGCUGGAGACCAGUCAGCAAGGGUUCAACUGAACGAAAACGUGCAGAACGAGAAUUUUGACCGUGCUGCUGAAAGCAUUGAGACCAGACAAAUUCGAGAUACAAAUAGUUUGGUAGAAAAUGGUACCUUGCCAAUAUUACGGCUUGCUCACUUCUUCUUGCUGAAUGAUGAUGAUGAAGAAGAGCGCCAGAGGGGUCUGACCAAAGAACAAAUUGACAAUCUUAUGACUCGGAAUUAUGGAAACGUUAGCGCAGAGAAUGAAGUCAGUAAAACCUGCAGUGUUUGUAUUAAUGACUAUGCAGUUGGGAACAAGCUUAGAAGACUACCCUGUGCACAUGAAUUUCAUAUUCACUGCAUUGACCGCUGGCUUUCUGAAAACUCCACUUGUCCAAUUUGUCGACAGCCAAUCUUGGGGUCCAGUAAUUGAUUGAGGAGAGUUUUACUCAAGCUGCUUGUUAAUUUUGGAAACUUCAAAGCACUAGAAAUCUGACUUAUGGGAAUUUGUAAAACAAAGGUUAUAGAUUCUAUUAUAGAACCAUGAAAUACAUUCUUAUUGCUUCUUGCUGAAGCUUUAUUUUUUUAGAUUUUUUUGUUGAGCUGAGCACUUUGUCAUUGGAAUGAUUGGAACUGAAGGAAGUGAGCCAACCUGAAGUAUAUUAUUGGACAUGAUUAAUCAUAUAUGUAAUACAUUGUAUUGUAGAUGCAAUUAUGAUUUAUGGUGUGCUCUUUCUGUUACAAGAUAACAGUGCAGACUAACAAAACAAUUGUCAUUCAGUCUGACUAAUAGUAUAAAGUAUCUGGUGAGCAGAAUUAAAUUGCUCUUAAUCUUUGAAUAUGGUGAAUAAAAUAAAACUUUACA